AUGCCACCAGCUCGGAAGCGACGGCGUGGCAUGACUGAGGAAGACACAAUGGAGACACAGGACCCGGGAGAUGCACAGAGACACAGGAUUGUGGAAGAGGAUUUCUCUUCCUCUUCUUCCUCCACCUGCUCCUCCUCUUUCCCUUCCUCUUUCUCUUCCUCCAUAAUUUCCUCCUCCCCUUCUCCUCUCUUUUCUCUGAUCGAAGGCACCUCAGAGGUGGAAGUGGCUUCGGGGACAAUCAGUCUUCCCCAGCCCCCUCUUGGGAUAUGCCCCUCCCCCAUGAGUGAAUCCCAGGAAGGGCACCCCAGCAGCCAAGAAGAGGCUCCGAGCACCUCUUCCCAGGCCCUGCUGGGUGCAGAGUUCUUGCCCAUAAAUGCCAUUGAUGAUAAAGUGGGUGAGCUGGUGGAGUUCCUUCUCCUCAAAUACCAUAAUAAGGAGCUGACCACAAGGGCAGAAAUGCUGAGAACCAUCCUGACAGAUUACCAGGAGCUCUUUCCUGUCAUCCUCAGCAAGGCCUGUGAGUGCAUGCAGCUGGUCUUUGGCAUUGAUGUGAAGGAAGUAGACCCGCAGGUCCACUCCUAUGUCCUGACCAAUUCCCUGGGCCUCACCUACAAUGGGACUUUGAGCUCUGAGCAGAAACUCCCCAAUAGCGGCAUUCUGAUUUUUAUCUUGACCAAAAUCUUCAUAGAGGGUAACCGUGCCCCAGAAGAAGGUAUCUGGGAGUCACUGAGUGUGAUGGGGGUACAUCCUGGGAGGGAGCACUUCAUCUGUGGGGAGCCCAGGGAGCUUCUCACUAAAGUGUGGGUAAAGGAACAGUACCUGGAGUACCGGCAAGUGCCUGGCAGCCACCCUGCCCGUUAUGAGUUCCUGUGGGGCCCCAGAGCCUAUACUGAAACCAGCAAGAUGGAAGUUCUGGAGUUUUUUGCCAGGAUCAGUGAUAGUAACCCCAGAUCCUUCCAAGUGUGGUAUGAGGAGGCUUUAAGAGAGCAGGAAGAGAGAGUGCAGGCUAGAAUUUCUACUACAGAUGAUACUCCUAUAAUGGCCUGUACAGAUGCUAAUGCCAUGACCAGUGCAGGUUCUAGCGUCUAG